AUGACACCAACGAAAGAUCAAUGCCCUUUAAAUUUCGAAAAUACAUCACAAAAUGAAAAAAAAUCCGAGAUACCAAAAAAGAAAUCAAAGUAUUCGAUUUAUUACAUCAAGAAAUCGACAAAAUCAACCACGUCUUCUCCUUCGGAGACUUUGAGAUUCGUAUUUACCGUCACAGAUUUCGACAAAGAACAAAUUAUCAAAGCUACAUCACUUAUAAAGUCAUCAAAUUAUUCGGAGGCUUUAUCAAUCUUGGAACCAAUAUCGAAGCAAUCACCACCUGAUCAUGAUGCAGCGUAUUGGACCGGUCAUUGUUAUGAACAAUUACAAAAUUAUGAAAUGGCAGAAAAAUUCUACAAGAUUAGUGCCGAUUAUUUGUUGGAUGAUGGACUUUGGGAAGCGACUUAUGGUAAAUUUUUACUUGAACAUUCAGACUUAAAGAAUCCCAAUAAUAAAAGUGCCGAGGAGAGAAUUCAGGAAGGAAUAAAACGAUUAAAGUCCUCAGCAGAUCAUAAGAGAUAUCUUGACGCAAUGUACAUUUUAGGCAAAGUUUUUAUCAAUGGACUUUUCGGUGUGCAACAAGAUUAUAACAAAGGGGCUCUUUACUUGAAAAGAGCUUAUAAUGGUGGGAGAAAGGAAAAGGCUUGGGCUGCUUACGAGAAGGCGGCCAAAGAUUUGGUUGCUAACGGCCAAUUAAAGGAAAUUCCUCUCGAACAUAUUUGGGCUAAAAAUUAA